GCGUAUACGGGAACUUGAUUUUAUAGAAUGGACGCCGACUUGUUUUCGACAGACUUUGACGCUACAGCGAUUAGGUCUUCGACCAGCGCUGGGCCCGGAUACGUAGGGAUUAAGUUCUGUCAAGAAUGCAACAACAUGUUGUACCCGAAAGAAGACAAACAGAACAGGGUGUUGCUAUAUGCGUGUAGAAAUUGCGACUUCAAACAGGAAGCAGACAACCAGUGCAUCUAUGUCAAUAAAGUUACUCACGAAGUUGAUGAAUUGACUCAAAUUAUUGCUGAUGUGACUGGAGAUCCAACUUUGCCACGCACAGAAGAUCAUCCAUGUCCCAAAUGUGGCAACAGAGAGGCCGUCUUUUUCCAGUCUCAGACAAGACGAGCCGAGGAGGGUAUGAGACUGUAUUACGUAUGUACGUCGCCAGACUGUGCCAACAGAUGGACAGAGUAACAAUCGAAUACGAUUACAAAUUCUAUCUCGUUUCUGGAUUAAACUCUCGCCAGAGUCGUUCGAACUCUUCCA